UCCAGCCAACAACAGCAAUUCCAAGGAAGAAAAGAAAAACGAAUCCAAGAAACCAAGGUAGACGAAGACGAUGGCGGUGUCGAUCGAGCUGACCAAGGAGUACGGCUACGUGGUGCUCACCGUGGUGGCCUACGCCUUCCUCAACUUCUGGAUGAGCUUCCAGGUCGGCAAGGCCCGCCGGAAGUACAAGGUGUCCUACCCCACCCUGUACGCCAUCGAGUCGGAGAACAAGGAUGCCAAGCUCUUCAACUGCGUCCAGAGGGGGCACCAGAACUCGCUUGAGAUGAUGCCGAUGUUCUUCGUCACAGUCCUGGUUGGAGGACUGCAGCACCCGGUCAUCGCCGCCGCGCUUGGGGUCCUCUACACGCUCGCCAGGUUCUUCUACUUCAAGGGCUACGCCACCGGCGUCCCCGACAACCGCCUCAAGCUCGGGGGGUUCAACUUCUUGGCGAUAAUCGGGCUGAUCCUCUGCACAGCGUCGUUCGGCAUCAACCUGGUCAUCAGGGAGGCGAUCUGAGGUUCUCAGACUGAUAUGCCUGACUUCAUAGGCGCUGUGUGACUUGUCAUUUAGAUGGGAUACUCUCGUGCUAUAUUUUGGUGUUAACAAGCAAAGUAUGUGAUUCAGUGUGUUCGGGUCUCACAGAAUAAGAGAAUGCCAGUUGUAGAAUUACAGUUCCACCUACUGGUUUCUUGCUCUCUUCUUUGUAGACCGUCUGAUGUUGAGGUUUAGCUUUUGCAGCAUCAGUUUUAUAUACUAUCUUGAGCAUCCUUGUGAACUUCA